AAGCUUCCUACUUCCAUGGCAGCAUUGAAACUGAUAAAAGGCAGAUCGAGGAUCAAGAGGGAGAGAAAGAAAGAGAGAGAGAGAGGGAGUUGGAGAGACAUACACACGGAAAACAGUUCUAAGUAAAAGCUCCUCUCUUUAUCCUUUCUUUCAAGUUUCAACACCAAAAGAUUCCGUCUUUCUACAAUCUCUGCCGCAAUGUUUGCGUUGUGUGGAACCAAUUUUACGAACAAUUCCUUUUCUGGGGUGUCGAGAUGCUUGGCUCAGUCAAAACCACAGAGAAUAGUUUUUGCUCCAGUGGUGGUGGCUGCCGCCAGAUCAAACGCCAAACCCAGUGACCGAAAUGCCAGCUUUAUUGCCGGGACUGCUCUGAAAGAGACGGUGGAGAUUGCUCCGGCUGUAAAGGAGCCCAAAUCCACCGUCAUUGGUGGAGUUGGGGAUCUCUACUGCGAGGAAAAUGUCAAUGAGGAGCAUACCAUCACCCCCUCGGCCUUCUCUGUUGCUAGUGGAUAUUCAUUGUUGCGUGAUCCACGCUACAAUAAAGGUCUUGCUUUCAAUGAGAAAGAAAGGGAUGCACACUAUUUAUGCGGUCUUCUUCCUCCCGUGGUUGUUGAUCAGGAGCUUCAGGUAAAAAAUGUUAUGCACAAUCUCCGGCAGUAUGAAGUACCAUUGCAGAAGUACAUGGCCAUUACUGAUCUCCAGGAGAGGAAUGAAAAUCUAUUUUACAAGGUUGUUAUCGACAAUGUUGAGGAGCUGCUUCCUAUCAUCUAUACUCCAACUGUGGGUGAAGCAUGCCAAAAGUAUGGAAGCAUCUUUAGGCACCCUCAGGGUCUUUUCAUUAGCUUGAAAGACAAGGGAAGGGUUCUUGAGGUACUGAAGAACUGGCCUGAGAAGAAGGUUCAGGUUAUUGUUGUGACCGAUGGGGAAAGAAUUUUGGGCCUUGGUGACCUCGGUUGCCAGGGAAUGGGGAUACCUGUCGGGAAACUCUCAUUGUAUACUGCUCUUGGUGGUGUUCAUCCUUCAGCUUGUUUGCCUGUAACCAUUGAUGUCGGAACCAACAAUGAGAAGUUGUUGAAAGAUGAAUUUUAUAUUGGGCUCAGGCAAAGGAGAGCAACUGGACAGGAAUAUGCUGAACUUCUUGAUGAAUUCAUGACUGCUGUCAAACAAAUUUAUGGGGAGAAAGUGCUCGUUCAGUUCGAAGAUUUUGCAAACCAUAAUGCAUUUGAUCUACUCGAUAAGUACAGCCCUAGUCACCUUGUUUUCAAUGAUGAUAUACAGGGAACUGCAUCUGUCGUCCUUGCAGGGCUAUUGGCUGCACUUAAGAAACUCGGGGGAACCUUAGCCGAACAAACAUUCUUGUUCCUUGGUGCCGGAGAGGCUGGCACUGGCAUAGCAGAACUUAUAGCUCUUGAAAUGUCAAAACAGACUGGAGCUCCACUAGAUGAAACGAGGAAGAAAAUUUGGUUGGUGGACUCCAAGGGAUUGAUUGUUAGGUCUCGGAUGGAGAUACUUCAGCAGUUUAAAAGGCCUUGGGCCCAUGAACAUGAACCUGUAAAGGACCUAGUAAAUGCGGUUAAUGUUAUCAAGCCAACGGUCUUGAUUGGAUCUUCUGGAGUUGGAAGAACAUUUACAAAAGAAGUUGUUGGAGCAAUGGCAUCGAUCAACGAGCAACCCGUUAUUUUCGCCCUCUCAAACCCAACAUCACAGUCAGAGUGUACUGCAGAAGAGGCUUAUACCUGGAGUGAGGGUCGAGCAAUUUUUGCCAGUGGUAGCCCAUUCCCGCCAUUUGAAUACAAGGGAACGGUCUUUGUGUCUGGACAGUCAAAUAAUGCGUAUAUUUUCCCUGGAUUUGGUUUGGGCCUGAUAAUUUCUGGUGCAAUUCGUGUCCAUGAUGAUAUGCUUCUUGCUGCUUCUGAAGCUCUAGCUGCAGAGGUUACGUGGGAGGACUUUGAGAAAGGGCUCAUGUACCCACCGUUUUCCAACAUAAGAAAGAUUUCUGCCCGAAUUGCUGCCAAAGUAGCAGCCAAAGCAUACGAACUUGGCUUGGCUACUCAUCGACCACAGCCAGAAAACCUGGAAGCGUUUGCUGAGAGCUGCAUGUACAGCCCCUCUUAUCAUAGCUAUCGCUGAUUUGAAGGAAGAUUUGUCAAGCCUUUUUGGCGUCUAUUUAGUCAAAAUGGUGUCUUUUUUGUUUGAGGAAAUUUUUUUGAAUGUUCAAUCCUUAUUGGCAACACAAACCACAAGGAGGAGGAUCAGUAAGACUGCAAAAUGUUCAAUGAUUUGACACUAUCAAAUUCAACUAAAGUUUCUCAAGAACAUAGGUUUUGUAAACCUCAUUUGUUGUAAAUAUUCUCCGAAAUGUCAUGUCAAUCAAAUAACCUUUGUGUUCUUAUCUGCCAUUGGAAUGAAAUUUCAUCUUUCUUGAAAAA